AUGUGCCAAGACCUGAGACCUGUUAACACUUACACGCAACCAAAUCCGUGGCCCCCAGAAAUUAUACUCGAGUACGCAAACUACAAAGCCGCAGACAGUUUAUCCGGAGCAGCUUCAUCAAGCUACCGACGAGAACGGAGGAGAAGAGAGGCGGAAGUGAAUGCGCUGGCCUGGACCAGUGGUAGGCAAACAUAUACACCAAUGAACCUCACCCCUGAGAGUCACUAUGAGCUUCUACCAAUGGCGGUUGAUUGGAAAGACAAGGCUCAAACUCACCACGUGUUGCGAAAAGGCUUCAAUGAUGCUCACUCUAGAGCAUACAAGUCACCCAAAGACAAAGAGAAGCAUCAAAAGAAAAUCGAGGAGGCCAAACGCACAGUAAAGAGCGCAGGAAAAAAGGUGGACGAGCACGAGCUAUACCAGGGACUUUUCAUGCAAUCUGACCCAUACGACUCUCUCGACUGGGCAUCAGCAGGUAGUAGCAAACAAGCAAAUCGCCAAAGGAUAAAGGUCUAUGACUAUGGUAAAUGA